AUGCACACCCUCGCCCGACGCCGUCUGGCCUCUCUCCCCCAAUCUCUCCCGAAAACUUUCCCGAAAACCCUCCCCCAAACGCGUCGAUACGCGCAGCUCCAACCCAAGCCGACGCCUCAGCCCGAGCCCCACGCUCCGCCACCAGUGAACCCGGAAAAGAGCAGCGACGAGUCGGCGCUGACGCGGUAUCUGCGCCGCUCGCCGCGUGCGGCUUGGGCGUUCUUCAAGAUGGUCGGUUUCUUUGGCGCGGAUAGUAAGAAGCAGGUCGCGGGGCGGCAGACGAGGGUGCUUUAUCUGGAUUUGUGUGCGCCGAGGGCGGAGGAGGACGCGGAGUUUUGGAAGGACCAAUGUCACCUGCCGCCAACCUUCCAAUCCUGGUUCACAGUAACCAACCUACACGUCUGGAUCCUCACCACCCGCCUCCGCGCCCUCCCAUCCCCGCACGCGGACCUGUACGUCCAAGACCUGUGCGACCACUUCUUCCUCGACAUCGAAGACCGCAUGCGGCACGUCGUCGCGCCCGAGCUCCCGCCCGGCACGACGCCCGCCGACGAGAAAUGGCACCGCCGCCUGCCCGACGCGCAGUACGAGUCCGAGCGCACGAGCCCGAGCAGCCCCACCUUCUACCAGAUACGCAAGGGCCCGCGCGGGAAGUACCCGCCCGAGGCGUUCGUCACGCGCCAGAUGAAGCUCUUCAGGGAGCAGUACCACGGCCUCCUCUUCGCGCUCGACCUCGCAUUGGCGCACAACUCCGACGCCGAGCUCGGCGCCGCGCUCUGGCGCAACAUCCUCGGCGGCCGCGGCGCGCGCGGCAUCCCGUAUCCCGGCGCGAACGUCGAGCUGCCCCCGGACGACCUGAGCGGCGUGAACGAGUUCGACGGGGCGAGUCUGGACAAGUACGUCCGGUUCCCCGAGACGAUCGUGCAGCUUGUCAAGUAUGUGCGGGCGGAGGUUACGCGGUUGGCGGAGCUGCCGGACGAUGAGGUUAUGGUGCAGCCUGGGGAGGAUAUGCAGAUUUUGUAUGAGAAUUUGAUGAGGGAGGGUAGGGAGGAGAGGGAGAGGGAGGCGGCGAGGAAGGGAAAGGCGUAG